AUGUCUCAAGCCACAAAAAAUCCCCUAGAUCCUGAAACGGUCUUGUCAACGCUUGAAAAUAUUUUACAAACUAAUGUUAAAAAUAUUGAUUUGGAAUCUUCUGCAGAUACAGUACUACUUAGAUCUGGUCAAGAUGCAUUGGCUGCCUUAUUUCACUCAAUUAUGUUAAAUUUGGGUUUCCGAUUAAUUGGACUUGAUGAAGACGACACUUUUGGAGAUAAUAUAAAUAGGGACUCUGAAGGCAACAUUCUUGGAUUACCAGAAAAUUGGAAUUUACAUGAACCAAAUUCAUAUUCUUUUCGUUAUAAGCACCCUCAAUCAUCAUUUACAUUUUUGGUCAAAUGCAUUCGUUUGGCAAACAAAUUUUUGAUUCAUGGAAUGGGUAUUGAGGAUAAUAAAACAGAAACUUUCGAAUUGAUUUCGGACAAUUACUUUUCCCCAUCGGCUCGCACGAUCAAUACUCCAAAUGAUUAUAGGCAACCACAUAUUAAUGAUCCAUUACGUGUUCCUCCACGAUUCCGACCACCGAUUUUUGAAGAUCCUUAUGGUGGCGAUGAACCAUUAAACAUUAAUCCUUUAAGUGUUGGACGAGAUGAUUUAAAUCCACUUGGUGUUAAUCCUAUGGGAAUACCAAGAUUUGGUGGUAGCGAUAUACCAUCUUUUGGAAGACCUAAUAGAGGUGGUGGAAUGCUCAUGGGACCAGAUCAUCCAAUAUUUGAUAGACGAGGCAAUAGUCAUGAUAAUAAUGACAUUUAUGGUGGACCACAGACUUUACCUAGAGGAGCCGUUCCACCCGGAGCAAGAUUUGAUCCUAUUGGACCAUUUUCAUCACAACCACAACCACGCCGUGGUUCCCGUCGUGGGGGCAGAGGAUACAUUGGGGAUGAACCGGACAAUGAUGAACUUCCACCACCACCAGGUUAUACCGAUAUGUUCAUGUGA